GCCAGAGUGUCAAUUAUUAUAAAAUGGAGGAAACAUAUAUAAAAUAUAAAUCAUACUCCAAAUAAAUAUGUGUGAAUAGUUUAAAAAAAAAAAAAAAGUAUUCCAUCCGAAAAAAGGUGGAAGUAUUAUUAUGUAAACCAUUUAGAAAAGGGUUAUGAAUAACCACUAUUAUCUAUUUAUGAUGACAUGACAGUAUAAUGUGGUUGAGAAAGAUUUCUACAAGCUACAAUCUCCGGAUCCCGAUGUCGGAAUAUUCAGGGUUUCAGGCGUGUUUCCAACAAUUUCAGAAUGUGGUAGAAAGCUUGCUUUUGUUGACAAUGAGUUCAAGGCCGUUUGGGUUGCCGACAGUAGCGGAUUGCAUAUGGUUUACGAGACAAAUGCCUCGAACAGCUUAUUUUCGCCGGUAUGGAACACAAAAAAGGAUACAUUAUAUGUAUGCGAAGGACCUUCUUUCAAUACAAAACAACCAGUUCAAAUAGUGGCAAUUUUCAAUGUGUUGAGCUCCAAUCGGACUUUCAAAUUUUUGACUAAUCAAGAUCACAAUAGUGCUUUCCCCUCUAUAAUGCUAAUGGGACGAGGCUAGUUUAUCGAUCUACAAAAGAUGGGCCGAAGAAUCAGUACAUAAUGGAGAACGCGGAGCUAGGAGAAUUUGAUGGAGGCAAGGUAACAAGACUAACUGAAGGAAAUUGGACAGACACACAUUGUCAUUGGUCUCCUAAGGGAGAUUGGAUAGCAUUCUCGUCAAAUCGUGCCAAUCCUACUGCAAAAGGAUAUGAAGACCUACCAGAUCCAGGAUACUUUGGAGUGUACCUAGUGAAGGCCGAUGACAAAAAUGUUGUGGUUAAAGUCAUAGACAGUGGAUAUACUUACUUUGGAGGAUUAUUUCCGGGACACGUGAACCAUCCAAUUUUUAGCCCUGAUGGAAAGAGCCUCGUUAUAACUGAUGAUUUCGCUGCAGUGUCAUGUGAUCCUAUAUCGAUGCCUAUCUUUGUUCACUCGGUAAGGCCUUAUGGUGAUAUAUUUGUUGUUGACCUCGAUCUUGAUGACAUAUACAAGAACGAGAAUUUGAACAAGUUUACUCGUCUUACACAUAGUAAGUACGAGAAUGCAACUGCUACUUGGACCAUGGCCUCGGCUAAGGACUUGCACGCAAAAUGAAACGUACGAAUAGCUGGUAAUGACAAUGCUAAGGGGUUUGUACCAGAAUGCCCAUAUGUGCAUCAAAGUGGAGCCGAAAGUGUUCACAUGACUGGCCACCUUUGCAUUACAGGUGAUCGUUGCUGCUAAAUUCACUCUGGGACGAUGUAGUGCAAGUUGAAACUUCUCUUCUGACUGUCUUCAAUACAGUUAUAAUAGGACCUGAUGAUGUAACAUAUAUAUGGAUUGCAAGGUAUUAUAUGUGUGCGCGAUGAUAUAUCAGUAAUGGAUGUAAUCCCUAAAUAAAACUUUGAGAUAUGAAUGCUUGCUUUGGUUUGAUUAGAUUGCAUUCAAGUGGUGCACGUCUUGGUGGUGAGAAAUGUGGUGCAUCAAUGCUGUGUUCGUGUCUAAAGUAUAAAUAAAGUGUUCAUUCCUUUGUGAACAUUAUGUAUACUUGUAUUUAUAUAUAUGUAUGCUCUUAUAUUUCCUUGUAC